AUGCUUCAUUUUAUUCUGAAGGAAGAGACGCAGUGCUGGAGAGAGCUAGCCAGAAUCAAAGGCUCUAAACGCAAAGAACACGGUUUUAUCAGUCCCCACUCGGACGCCUCUCUCCGCCUUCGACGUACUAAUCGGUCGUCUUCGAGGUCUCGCCACCGGCCCGCCAGCGUUUCGUCCAGCAUAUGCAUGGGCGGCCGAUCAGACUCAAGAUCUUCGUCCGGAUCGUCAGAUCUGCGGCGUGAUUUACGGCAUGAGCAUAAAGUUCACUCACACUCGCGCAGUCGUUCAGGCAGUCAGACGUCCUCGAUUCGUCGGAAGAAGCGCCAACGACGACUCAGUGCCUCGGGUUCGGCGGCUGCCAACGCUGACUCGACUCCCAAUCAACUCCAUUCGGUACCGAAUAUUACCGACUCGACGACAGUUGCGCUAACAAGCCAAUAUGACGACGAGAGGAAAGAGGACAUACAACAGUCCUCUAGGCAGCUGAGCAGACGCUAUAGUCCGGGCAGCCCGAAUAGUGCCUCUCUUUUGUUGACUGGUGAAAGCGAUCGACAGUCUGUACAUCAAGCGACUGCAUCUCCUCAUGGAUCUCAGCAAGAUCUGGAUCUGGUCAGUGUGAAAAGUCCAAGUCGCAGUUGCAGUCGUCACAGUUCACCGCCACCUGUAGAUCUGAAAGCAUCAGAUGUCAAAGUACCGCAAACUAACGGUACACAGCCCCAUUAUCGUUCAUAUUCACUGCGAGACUCUGUGCUCUCUUCGGCCUCUUCUCGCCCUUAUCGCAGAAAUCUGGAGCGUCACGACUCUCGAUCCGUCUCUCGUGGGGAAUCCAGUUCUAAAGGCUCUUCUCGUUACCGAUCCUCCAUUUCCAGUCGUUCCUCUUCUUCUUCUUCCUCCUCCUCAUCCUACUCCUCUUCCCCCUCUUCGUACGCUCCUCGUAAGAGUUCCGCCCACAAGCGUAUGCGUUUGGAGCGUAGGCAAUCGGUAGCCUCUAAAACAGACGAAAAGGAUAAGGCUAAGAGAAUUUUGCCACCUGAAAAGAAUGUUGAUGCCAAGGCGAAUCUGGAGAAGGGCAAUAAAGUUGGUCGUCAUCCUAUGCGCAAUUUGCGCCGUGAAAGGUCUUCUGAGAGGCGUCGAGACUGGAAAAUCUGGCAAGAAAAUGAGCAUAAGCGUCGUCGUGAGCUGCUCACCAAACAUUUGGAUCUUCACGACUUGAAUAGCAAAAGUCAAAUAUCACUGGACAAAAUUGAACGUGAAAUGCGCCAUGAAGCGAAGCGUCUAUUCGAGGAGGCCCUGACCAAAGAUGCAGAGCCGCCAAUUGAAGCGUCCAAGCAGCCGGUCAAAACAGAAGACUGGUGGCAAAAUAUGACAAAACCGCUUGAUCCUACAAAACGCUGGGGUCAUGAUGGUUGGGAGGAGUUGCAACGAACUUCCAGCCAACCGCGCGAUCGUACCCUUUGCCCUACCGUUCAGUCCAACUUGAAGAGGCCGGUCGUCACGGCUUUCACUAUUGCCAAGUCUCGUCCCAAGAGUUUCUACUAUCCAGAUUUGGAGGAUGACGAAAAGUCGAGUGUCAACAGUUCCCGGCGUCAAACGCGCAGUAGAUCACGCUCAUUUCGAUCACAUUCGGCUAGCCGGAGUAGUCGGAGCGCCUCAAGUAGAAGUUGUUCGACCAGCUGCAACAGUCUGUCCUCCUAUUCCAGCUAUCGUAGCGACAAGCGUCGUCGGAGUCGCCGAAAGAGUCGCCAUCGGCUUCGUAGACGAAAGUCUGCCCGCAAGAGCCGGACUCGAAGUCGAAGUCGAAGUCGAAGUAGAAGUAGAAGUAGAAGCCGAAGUCGUGGACACCGUCAUGGUCGAGUCAGCAGCAGUUCUAGUGCAAGCAGUUAUCGUAAAGACGUACCAGUUCAGUCUCAGAUUCCGGCAGGUCAACAUGUCGCCAAACGGACUGUUCAACCGAAAGUCUCGCCGACUCGCGAACUCAAGUCAAAGGAGCCGCCGGAGAGAGUUGAUCCAAAUGAGGGCUCAUCCGAGGCGAACUUCAAAGAGCCGAAAGGGGGCGCGCAAGAGGACAGUGGCGUCCGUAAGCGGGCAAACUCGAGGCUAUGCGAAAAGAAGAGGAGUAGAGGAAAGGGACGCAACGAGAAAAAGAAAAGGCGUAAAGAGAAAAGAAAGAAGAACAAAAAGAACAAAAAUAAACAUGCGAUUAAAAACGAGAAAAAGUCAAAUGACAGAUCACAUCACAAGAAAACAAAUGAAAAACCGACAUCUCAGUUGCUCUCUUUCGAUCCACAUGAGGACGCCGAGAAGGAUCAACAUGCUCCGGCCACUGCAGCUCCACAUCAGAAUGCCAUCAACGUGAACCAAAUUCCCUUGCCGACGAGAAGUCAGGAGGAGAACAAGUCGAGUCAUGCCAAAAUGUCUUCCCAUUGUCUGCCGCCGUCUCAGUCGAACCCCGCGCCUGUUGGCAAAGUGAGUCCGGCCACAGUCGACAUCCCGCUUCCGGGUGAGUCGCAGAUUCAUGCCGAA